AUGAAUUUGUUUUUGGCUUAUCUUCAAGGAAUAAAAAUAAGGCUGGACAAUGUCUUGAUCUCUACCUCCAAUUUCGGCAAAAUUAUAAGCGCUUGAUUUGACGAGGGCUUCGCAUCCAGAAAAUUUUGGGUUGAGGUUAGUUUUCCUGACGCGAAAACCUAACAUUUAGCUAUAAGUAUGGAGCUCCAGGCGAUCAAGGCGAUCCUUAGGGAAUUCAAAGCUUGCCGUAGCAUUCUUCAUGAAACUCCUCUCGCUAACGAGCUCAAACCACUCAUUGAAAAUGUAAAAUUUAAACUUGCUUCUUCUGUCAAAGAAGAAUAUCAAAAUCAGCCACUUAAACUCGUAAAAUCUUCUCCAGAAUUAAAACUAAGGCUUCAAUAUCUAAAGGAAUUUUCAGCUCAACCUAAUGCCAGUGAAAAAUCUAAAAAUKUCGACGUCUUCGCUAAAGAUUUCCAAACCUUCCUUGAUGGCAGAUCUACUUUACUGGUAGACAACAWACUUGAAGAUGCAUAUAAGAUUAUCCAAGAUUCUGAGAGAAAUGAGGAGGAUGACUUCGUUCACAAAGCAAGAAUUGAGGGUGUAGUUCUCAGGACAUCUCCCAGCUACGUGUCUUUAAUCACUUUGGAUGGAUCAGAGGAAUUAUUGGUCAAAGUUAAUCGAGAGUUUGUAGGUCUUGGAAUUAAAGUCAGAACUGGGGAUGUUAUAAGUGUUGUCAACCCCAAGUUGACUCAAAGCAAGACAAGUGAUUUGGAUCCAGAAUUAAAAUGCUGUUAUGAUAUGUCUAAAGAUGAGGUGGACAUUUUUUUCAAGAAUGUAAGACAAUUAUUACCCACCGACAAUCCAUUGGGAAUACUCGAAAAAUUUGAAAGAUCUCUUGCUGUUUGGCAACACAUAAUAAAUGUAUCUAUUAUGAAGGAAGAAAACGACAAGGAGCCAGAUGGAGAAGUAUCCAAGAACAUACUUGAAAUAUGUAAAAUCUUUGGUGGUUUUCAGGCACAGACACAGAUGACCACUAUAAUGAUAAGGUUUUGGGAUGCCUUGGAAGAUAGCAGGUUCUUUAACAAAGCUUUACCAGAAAUCAUCAAGGAUGAAGCUUGGCAGAGAAAUAAUAUAAAUCUUGUGGAAAAUGUCCUUGAAAACCUCUUUAAAGCUCAUCCAGAAUGUGCAGUUAGAGCUAUUGGUAUCCUAAAAAGUCUGACUUGCAUUCCAGUCGAAAGUAGAGUUGAGUUCAAUCGAAAACUGUUUUCUAUGAUUGCGCCUUUCGUGACUGGAGUUAGUGAGAAACCAAAGAAUCCAGAAUCAUCAUGCUCUCAUGGUAUAUCUGAAGUUGUGGUGGAAAAUUUUGUCGAGAAUGUAAAACAACUCAAAGACAACCCUUUUGGAAUACUUGGAAACUUUGAAAGAUCACUUGCUGUUUGGCAACACAUAAUAAAUGUAUCUAUUAUGAAGGAAGAAAACGACAAGGAGCCAGAUGGAGAAGUAUCCAAGAACAUACUUGAAAUAUGUAAAAUCUUUGGUGGUUUUCAGGCACAGACACAGAUGACCACUAUAAUGAUAAGGUUUUGGGAUGCCUUGGAAGAUAGCAGGUUCUUUAACAAAGCUUUACCAGAAAUCAUCAAGGAUGAAGCUUGGCAGACAGCUGAUAAUAUAAAUCUUGUGGAAAAUGUCCUUGAAAACCUCUUUAAAGCUCAUCCAGAAUGUGCAGUUAGAGCUAUUGGUAUCCUAAAAAGUCUGACUUGCAUUCCAGUCGAAAGUAGAGUUGAGUUCAAUCGAAAACUGUUUUCUAUGAUUGCGCCUUUCGUGACUGGAGUUAGUGAGAAACCAAAGCAUCUAAAAUGGAAUCAAAAAUCAGUUAUUCCACUUCCCACAGAACUGGAACAUGACCCAGACUUUGAUUUUAGAGGCCUCCAACCUGUGAGAGUAAAGAAGGAUGAAGACGAAGAUGAAGAGAAAAAACAGAAAAAGGUUAACAAAAAGAAGAAUGAAAUUGCAUACAAAUCAGAAGAAGAAUACAUUGAGACAUAUUACGCUCUACUUCGAGUAGAGUGCUUUCACAAAGUGAAGAAAGGAAUCCAUUCAUUCUUGGUCAAAAGAAAGUGUGAUCCUAAAGACAAUAUGCUUUACUGCGUCAAACUUAUUGAAAUAUCUGAUCGCAAUGAGCUGCCGAUACAUGAAGGCUUGUCCCUUGUGUUAGAAUGUCACCACAAUAAUGAAACUGAUAAGAGUGACCUAGAUGCUGACCAAGAUAAUAGCAAGUGGCUAAUGCUUGGCAACCUUGUAUGUUUGUUACUUGAUGCGACCUUUGAGAACCCAGUCUGGGGUGUUAUAUCUAAGAAAAGAACAGCAGAAGACAGUAAGCAGAAACAUGUUCACGUAAGCCUGUGUACAAAGAACAACAGACUGAGGGAUUCUGAAGUUAUAACAGAGCUACAGGAACUAAAAAGCCAAGGUCUUCCAGCAUACAUGAUUGAAAGCGACACUUUUUACCCAGCUUUUGGUCCAAUUCUAGAAGUGUUAAAAAAUAAAGUUACUGUCCCAUUUGCAGAACAGCUUGUUAAAGUCAAAAAAUCGCCCCUGGCCAGUCGACAGCAAUCACCUGAUCAUUCAGUUGCAGGACAUGAUGAAUGCCAUUUCCAGUGGAUGUUUGCUAAAUUACUUGCAAAGCACAAAAUGAAAAGUCAACAACAAAAUUCAGGUCCAAAUUAUCUCAGACAUAUUACUGAGCCUCCAAAGUGGGAUGUCAUUUUUGAAAACCCAUCUUCAAGUGAUUGCAGUGUUAGCAGUGGGUUUUAUGAUGUUGUGCGAGAGUUCAAAAAAAUGAGGGAAGACCCAAAAAGCAAACCAAAAUUAGAUGACAAACAGUUAGAUGCUGUUGAGCAAGCACUUUUCAAUAAAGUUGCCCUUAUUCAGGUUUGUCAUUAGUUCAGUCUAUCAAUUAUGCAUUACAUUAGGUACCUUAACUUAUUUAAUUUUUUAGCAUCCUAAAUGUUGGUACAAUUUCAAACUUUUUUUACACAGUGUUUUAAAGUUUUCUUCUUAGUAACAUAUUGUUUUUGAAAUGGUAAUGCAGUCCCAACUAGUCACUGCUAGACAUGAGAAUUAUGAGUAGGGGAAGGUACAAUUUUUAAUAAAAAAAUAACUGAUUUGUGGA